UCCAAACGCGCUUCGCUCGACAACCGUUCGCGUUUUCUACAGCGAUCCGCUAACGCCACACGUUCGCCGGUAUAAAUCAUACUCGUAAUUUUACCUUGUGCUCAAACUGUUCGAUACUCUUGUGGUACAGAAACAAUAAUUCGUUCUUUCGUUGAUAAAACUCAAGAGGUAGAAAUUCGGAUGUAAAAAUGCGGUCUUCCGUAAGGAAGAACCGAAAAAGUCGAGUCCGAUCAUUACGAGACAGUCGGGCUAAUCGUUUCACGUGUACUGCAGCAAUUAAAAAAGCUGCUGUCGUCGCUCUAACUGUUUCUCAGAAAUUGAUAUUUGUCGAGAUGAAAUAACUCUAUGCAACCCAUAUUAAACUAAAACGUUAAUUGGAGCAGCAUUGUCACAAUUGGUUAAAGCAAAUUUAACAUGACAUGCACCGCUAAUGACUUAUGUUUCAUUCAGAAAUUUAAGCACUCUCAACGCAAAACGUUAUUUUUGCAAAAGCGUUCGCGCUGGAGAAAAGGAAAAUGUACAGAGUUAAAUUUUAAUUUGUCCUUUUUAUUUUACGCGUGGCUAGUGCAUGUCAUUCCGGCAUUUGCUAAUAUUAACAGUGACGACAUGAGCUUAAGGACAAUGCAACGCAUUAAGUCAUACGUGGAUGAUACUUGUACAUUAGAUCCUCAUUGCCAAUGGACUUGGGAUCCCUACGACAACGGGCUAAGAAAUGUUUCUAUCGACGAAGCCGCAGCUAUGGUGCCUGAGGAUUAUAUGUAUCCGCCUGGCAAUGAUUCCGAAGUUGGCUUAAGAGGAAACUUUUUCUUCAUUUACGGUCGACCAGAUACGCCAAAUAUUUACUUAAGGAGUCCAUAUUACAUAGAUGGUAUAUUUGACAAUAAUGGAUGUUCUUUGUCGUUUCAAAUGCAUACAAACGUUACUAUGCCUAAUCAAGUGUCAGUAAUGCUUAGGACUGAAAAUUACACUUCACUAAUUCAAGACAACGUUGAAAACAAUACACCAGUAAAAUGGGAAAAGAAAAAGGUAUUAUUGGGUCGACAAACUAGGCAAGUGAUUAUUGAGAUAAUUACAAAACCGGGAUCUCAUGUUGGCAUCGACGACAUUAAACUUGAAAACUGUUUACCAGAAUACAUUGCCGGAAUAACCGAUAGUGGCUGUCCUACAGUUUCACAUUUUUUGUGCGCUGAUAAUACGACAUGCAUUCCACACCAUAGGGUUUGUGAUAUUAGUCCUGAUUGCCCUGAUGUAACGGACGAGAGUGAAAGUUGCCUAAAAGUACCACCAGAAGCUCGCUGUACAUUUGAAUCUGGAUUUUGUGGUUGGCAAAAUACAAGUGAAGAAAUGAUGCUCACGUGGAAGCUUAAUAAAGGAGAUCGUCAAAAGUUUACUGGGCCCAAAUGGGACAAUACUUAUCAGAAUCGGUCUGGUACUUACGCUUACGUAGACAUGUCUGGACCUACACAUUUAGGGUCAGCAGCACGUAUGGAAAGUGUUCACUUCCAUCCACCUCCGCCAUUCAUCUCUGAUCCAGAGUCCAAAUAUUACAAUUCCUGUUAUAUUUCGUUUUUUUAUCACAAAUACGGAUCACAUAGUGGAUCGUUAGGAUUGUAUUUAGUUGAGACUCAUGGGGAAAUAGACCGCAUGAGAAGACUCUGGUGGAGUUUUGGUAAUUACGGCAAUACUUGGCUACGAACAGUUGUGUACUUAAGAAAUAUCACAACAAGCUAUUACUUGCAAUUUGAGGCUCGAAAAUUCAUGUCUCAAAAAGGCGAUGUUGCUAUUGACGAUAUAGCAAUGAGUCCAAAAUGUUUUGGUUUAGACGUACCAAAAGAAGAACUAAAAGGGUAUAAAUAUGAAGCAGCUGGUGUAAAUGAUACGUUAUUAUACAACGUUACUCCUUUGAAGAUUCCGAUCAACCCUGACUUCAUAAACAAAACAGUGUACAAAUUCAAUACGUGUGGCAUGAAGGGUAGAUUAGGUCCAAGUAACAGAUCAUGUGAAGUGGCUUACAACAACAGUACAGUAGAGGUUAAUGUAAUUAACGAUACAUAUAUGGACGGAGUACAAGUAUGGACAGUACCGGAAACCGGGGUUUAUACUAUUAUUGCUAGUGGUGCUCGAGGAGGUAAAGGUGCUGAUGGUAUGGGAAUCUCUAAAGCAGCUACAUCUAUUGCUGUAGUAGAAAUGCCCAAAAAUUUACAACUCUACAUCUUGGUGGGUCAAGAAGGAGGCGAUGCAUGCAGAAAGACUUUCGAAAAACAUGAUGGUGCAUGUCAACGUGAACAGUAUUUUAGGACUGGAAGUGCAUUGAGGGAGUUACACGAUUUGCGGUUACUAAACGGUGGUGGUGGAGGAGGUGGUGGUUCGUUUGUUUUCACAGGAUCCCAUGAAGAGGGAUAUGUACCACUUUUGAUUGGCGCUGGGGGGGGUGGACUUGCUCAUGGUCCAUUUAAAGAUGACAGAAGUCAACAUGGUAAUGGAACCAAUCCUAGAUUACCACCGAUCACUGCGCCUUCAUUUGGUGAAAAUCCAGCAGGUGCUGGUGGUGGAUGGGCCCCUGGAAAUUAUUCAGAAGAUAAAAAGUCAACUGGUACUUCAGUUUUAGAAGGUGGUGCUAUUGGUGGUCUUGCAUGUUACAAGAGUCGAGGAAAUACCAAAGGUGCUGGUGGAUUUGGUGGUGGUGGUGGUGGUUGUGUAGCUGGUGGUGGCGGCGGUGGUUAUACGGGUGGUCGUGCCUGGAGUAAUAGCCAAACAAAUGGCGAGGGUGGUUGGUCUUUUCUUCCAGAAAAUAGACACAUCUUUUACAGUGCUGUGUAUUCAGGAAGUCAUUAUGGACCAGGUGCAGUAACCAUAAUACCAGCUAUAGUAGGUUGUGGUUGUGCAUACCUCUGUGUAUCUAUCAGUAAGCUACGUAACGCAGUAGUUUGUAUUUGUCCAGCAGACUUCAAACUUGGAGCAGAUGGAAAAACAUGUUCGUAUCAAUCGUCUGAAACAACUAAAAUUAUAUUUCUUAUUACUGGAAGUGUAUUUACUGUUGUAAUAAUUUGUAUAAUAUUGGGAGUUUGGAUGUAUCGUAGCUAUAGAAAACGCAAGGAACGCAAAGAAAAUGUCAAUAUAUUACAUAACGGAAUUUUAAACUAUAACAUGGCUUUGAGAAACCGAAACGGAAAUGCUGACAUCAACCCUACAUACGAUUUUAAUGGACGAACCUUAACGACAAACGAUUUACCCAGGAUAUCCCGAGAUGAACUUCGGAUACAAAAGUCUAUCGGUGAGGGAGCCUUUGGAGUUGUAUAUCGAGGGUACUACAAGAAAACCGGAAGUAAUACCGAAGUUAAAGUGGCUAUAAAAACGUUGCAGCCUAAAAAGGAUAUGACUAACGUCGACGUCAAAUUUGAUGAUGACAACACUCCCAACCCUGAACUCGAAAGAGAAAAGAAAGCAAGACAGAAAAAGGCUGAACUAUCUUGCAUACGAGAUUUCCUAACGGAGGCUAUUAUCAUGAGUCAGUUUGAUCAUCCCAAUAUUGUCAAGUUUAUAGGUAUUACAUUUGAAAAAAACUACAGGUUUAUUGUCACUGAACUACUAAGUGGUGGAGAUCUUAAGGAGUUUUUAAGGAAAAAUCGUCCUUCGGUGCAACAAAAAGAUAAAAUUAUCCCUCUCAAACUGAAGGACCUAUUGAAAAUGGCUUUAGAUAUAGCUAAAGGCUGUAUGUAUUUAGAAAAUUUACAUUUUAUACAUAGAGAUAUAGCCGCAAGAAAUUGUUUGUUGUCUACUACAGGCAGAGGACGAAUAACUAAAAUCGCCGAUUUUGGAAUGUCUAGAGAUGUCUACAGAAACGAGUACUAUAGAAAGGACGGUCAAGCAAUGCUUCCCAUUAAAUGGAUGCCCACUGAAUCUUUGGUAGAUGGUGUUUUUAAUUCUAAAACCGAUAUUUGGUCAUACGGAAUAACUUUUUGGGAAAUAAUGACAUAUGGUUCAAUGCCUUAUACUGGAAUGACAAAUAAAGAAACAAUGAAUUAUGUGAUGCGUGGAGGCCGUUUGGCAAGACCAGGCAUUUGUCCGGAACCUGUUUAUAAAUUAAUGAGUAGUUGUUGGAAGACGAAUCCAGAAAACCGACCAACAUUUGAAGCUAUUCGAAACAAACUUCGAUUGUUUAUACAAGAUCCUGUUAUAUUAGAGUUCAAGCAGCCAGUUAUUGGUCGACCACCAGCACCUUUACCAUACAGAACAUCUCAACCUGAUGGAGACCUACUAAAUGAUCCCAUAUCUAGUGAUAAUAGUAGAUUUGAAGGUGAUGCGAAUCGUAAUAUUAAUAUUACCAACGGAGCAAUCGGUAGUGUUAUACUCGAAGGCGAACAACAAGAAGAACCCCAAUACGUAACUCCAUUGCCAGCAGAUGAUUUGUUUGAAGGUGUUGAUGCUGAACUUAUGAAAGAUGCCGAAAGGUUUGGUCGCCGUGAUAGUGAACCUAUGCUAAUAGAUGAUGGACGUAAUUACAUUGAAGACGAUGAUGACGAUGAAGAAGACGAAAAUGUAGCAAGAGCAUUUGGUGGAGACGAAGACCCAAAGGAUGAUGAAGAAGAAGAAGGCGAAGAAGAAGAAGAUGAUGAUGACAACGGCGAAGAAAUAGUAUUAGAAGCAGACCGAAAACAAUCUGAUCCCGAAGAAGACGAAGAAAAAAAUCAAUUAGCAGGUGCUCAAGCCAAUGCGUUAAUGGUCAAUAGUAAUGGGAUCCCAUCUUAUAAUUGGAAUCGAUUCAAAGAAACCAGUUUCAUAAGCAUGAAAGAGCCAAUUCAACGUCAGUCAUGUGUUGAUAGAGAAAUUGGACAAGGCAAAAGAAGAAAAUCGUUCUCUGAAUUAGAGGACAAUCGUGCUUACCCUUAUUCCAUCGCUGGUCGAGUGAGAUACAACGUUGCAAGUGAUGGAAAAAUAAGAUGCUGACAUGAGGAGAAAGGGGACUCUGUAAUAGAGUCCCUAGAAAUGCUAUAAUAAUAAUCACAUAAAUAUUAUUUUAAAUUUUUGCAUAAUAUUUACGCAAAAAAAAAUCAUUUUUAUCAUAUUUAAUACAAAACAUUAUCAAAUAAAUUUACAGGUAACUAAUGUAAAAGUGUAAAAAAUAUUAGCACAGAUAGUAGAUACAUAUUCGCCAUAUACAUAAACGCCAAUAUAAUCCUUUAUUAAUAUUAAAUGUCACAUGACAAUUAAUGUUUUUAUGAGUGUAUAUUUAAAUUUUCCAACUACAAUAGAACGUAAAUUUAAAAAAAAAAUAAUAUUUUAUUUAAUACUAUCAAGUUAUAUUCUAAUUCGUCAAUAAAUAGCAAAAUUACAUUUCAAUAUGUAAUAUAAAAAAAAAUGAAUUAAAUUUUUACAGAUAAUUAAUUUAUACGUUGUUUUCGUGAAAUUUAUUUGCGUCAUAAACAAUAUUGCUUGAUUUUCAAGUUUUCUCCAUUAAAAUA